GACAUUGCCGUUUCUAGACGGGGCGUAGUGCUUACGGAGGAUUUCAGUUCUUCCAUAUCUGGUGCUUGCUCCUCACGUCAGCAGAGACGCGCCGUUUUCCCUCAUGUCUCAACUCCUCCCAGCACUCGCCAUAGCAUUGUCGGUUCUCGUCGCAUUCAUCAGUCUGGACAUUAUGGGCUUCGCGUUCUGGAAGAGCAACAAGUUCCCCGUCGAGGGGAAGGUAGAGUCGCCAUCUCCACUCUACAACACGAGCUUACAUUACACAGACGGUUCUCCUCACGGGUUCAUCCCAAGGCAUGGGCAAGGAAAUCGCCCGACUCCUCUCCGAACGCGGCGCAAACCUGAUCCUCGUCGCGCGAACAACGAAGAACCUCGAAUCAGCCGUCACCCACGCAAAGGCGCAUGCGAAGAACCCCUCAAUCCAGCGCUUCCACUACAUCUCCGCCGACGUGACUUCCGAGGCGGAGAACGCGCGCAUCCUCGCCGAAGCAACGACAUGGAACAACAACAAGAUGCCAGAAAUCGUGUGGGCUUGUGCCGGCGCCUCAGUCCCCGGGUUGUUCAUGGACACCAGCACCGACACGCUCCGCAAGCAGAUGGACCUGAACUACUUCGCGGCCGCAUACCUCGCCCACAAGACGCUGCAAGCCUGGUUCUACCCGUCCACCCCCCACACGCCGCAACACCAAGCCUCCACAUCCGGGGAGUCGCCCCGACACUUCAUCAUCACCUCCUCAGCCGUCGCCUUCGUCGGCCUGGCAGGCUACGUCCCCUACGCCCCUGCCAAAGCAGCCCUCCGCUCCCUCGCCGACGGCCUCCGCUCAGAAGUCCAGCUCUACAAUGGCGCGCGCCGCUGCACGAAGCCCUCUACCACUGGCCCAGCCCCUGCUCCCUUUGACGUGGACAUCCACGCCAUCUUUCCCGGCACCAUCCUUUCUCCGGGCUUCGACAACGAGGAGAAGUCUAAACACCCCGUCACCCGCGAACUCGAGUCUUCGGACCCGCGCCAGACCGAGCUCGAGGCCGCUACAUCGGCUGUGAGGGGUUUGGAGAAUGGAAAUUUCAUGACGGCGACGAAUUGGCUUGUGCAAGUGCUGCGUUGGGGCAGUAUGGGGAGCAGUCAGAGGGAUAAUCUCGUGCUGGAUACUGUCAUGGCGUGGGUUACGACCGUUGUGUGGUUGUUCAUGGUGCCGGAUCUGAAUGGCAAGGUUUGGGGGUGGGGGAAGAAGGAAGGCAUGCCCAAGUUGAGGAGGAAUGCGCAGUAGAUAGUGUAGCUUCGAGAUACCCGUCUAGCUUGUUAGCGAAUAUUAGACGUUAAUAACUGCCACAC